GCUGGAGAACAACCUUCCCCUCGGCUGCAAUCGGCACAGCCCACACACGCAGCCUGUCCUGCUCUGCUCUCGCUCCCAGCUCUCUCCCUUCAGCAAUCCUCACUGUUUCCGCAGUCUUGCGAGCCAUUGUCCCUGUGCUGUUGCGAAUGCCCAUCAUUUAGGUCACAUUGCUGCUCCGUUGGUCGCCUUCCAUGGAUACCGCCAGGACCCGAAAAGGCCUUCUCAAGAGGCUCGAAGAGGCUCGGGGGCUAAGAGCCCGGGCGCCAAUAGCUGCGCAAUUCGAGGACUGUUCGCAGGCCGUCCAACGACUGUCCGGAUCGCUCAUGGUUCUUGAUUCCGACUCCGAUGUUCACCGUCUUGCUCGCGACUGCGCCAUUCGUCUUAAUGUGUGGGGCCAUGGAAGCGGCGCGUCAUCCCGUGCGCUUGACUACAGCUUGAAAGAAUGCCCUGGUAUUCGGCAGCACACGUUAAACUUGCUCAACGAUCUCAACCAGUGCGUCGAGACAGCUACGUCCGAGGCUCGACUUCAAAAUCGUUACGAUGCCGGUACGGCCAAUUCAGGAUAUCUCGAAGAUGGCCUUCCAAGUAGUGCGCUGGAGGACGAUUUCGACUUGCAAUCAGAUCCAACAUCAUAUCUUGAGGAGGCCAUUGACAUACUGCGAAAUCUGUUCAAACUCCUGCCCACCCUUCAGAGCCCUCUCGGUGAGAACCGCGGAUUCGCGUCCAACCGGGAUCCAUUCACCUAUACAGAGGAGGAGUUUCAGCAGGUGGCCAUGAUGAUGUUUCCCAAAAUGCACAAAACCUUGGCAAGGCGGUUCGGUCAUGGCAACUGGUGUCGACGCCGCUACAUCUGGCGGCUCUCAGGUGGUAGUCAAGGCUCAAUGGCGCCUGGACCCUUGAAGCAGAGCAGUUCAGUGGAGAUAUCGCGGUUAGAGAGGCAUUUCAGGCUCCACUCUGAAGGAAUCAAUAGGGACAACGAACAUUCCUUUGCGUUGGAAUCAGAUGCUGGGGCCUCAACAAUCAUUUCCAGCCCAGAGACUGUCCUUACAGUACUCCCAAUUGGCAAGCAAGACUCUGUUACGACGCUGACCGACGACUCUCAACCCAGUCUUCUCCAGGCCAUUCCCUUGCCGCCACCUCCAGUGCCUCUGCCAACAUCAAAACCGUUCAGUUGUACAUACUGUCUUUCUGAGCUGCCGUUGACCCUGUCAACCACUCAUGUCGAUGAUCAGCAAUGGCAUGCGCACGUGUAUCGAGAUUUAAAACCCUACAUCUGCACUUUCGGCGAUUGCUUUGAACCGAGACGUCUCUACAACACCCGCAGCGACUGGUUUCAGCACGAGCUGAAUUUCCAUCGUUCAGCUGUGGAAUGGGCAUGCUCCGCAUGCAAAACAACCUACGCGACUUCUGAUGCCUUCAAUGAGCACCUCAGAUCAGCACACCCGAGACUGACAGGUCCCAUGGUCCAAGCUUUGUUGCAGCAUUGCAAACGAUAUAAAGUCCAUUCACACUAUGAUCAAAGAUGCACUGUCUGCGAUGUAAUGUGUGCAACAAUCGAUGAACUCGAAACGCAUCUAGCUGCACAUCAGGAAGCCUAUGCACCGGCCACAUUCUUCAACAAAGAAGUCCCAGCAGACGCGGAAGACAAUAGCAACAUGAUCGAGGAGUUCAUCCAGGGCCUGCCAGCACCGCCAAAAGGCCAAAAGGAAGAUGUCGACGACCUGGGCUUGGGCGUUCUUGCAUCGCUCAAUCUCUCUCCGCCAGCACAUCAUUCGGAAAGCAACCCCCUGGACGAUGGCAAUUGGCUUACCAAAAGUAGGAGCUUUCCGAUGGGAAUGGGCGCGGAGAAAGACCACACCGCAGACUGGGUCGAGAGGCAAACGUCACACGGCGCAGGCCCGGCCGAGCAGGGUUUGCCCAAGCGGUACGAGAAUUUUGUCGGCAGGGAUGCUGACUUGGACAACAUCCACGCGCACUUACACCUACCUGGCCAAAUAUGUUCUGUUAGUGGAAGAGGCGGUAUUGGAAAGACCGGUCUCGCCAUUGAGUAUCUCCACAAAUACAAGGGAGAAUACUCUGCUGUGUUCUGGAUCGAGGCAGAAACGCCUGGCGUGGCUGCUGAGUCGUUCGGCUCGAUUCUGGACAAUCUGGACCCAGCAGAGAAGCUCGUCGCCAAUGAGGAUGCCCGAGUCUUCCAGACCCGGGAGUACUUGACAAAGACGGAUCGACGAUGGCUGAUUGUGUUUGACAAUGUUUCUUCGUGGAAGUCAAUUGCACGGUAUGUACCGCGCAACUUGAUGCGAACCCAGGGGUCAGUUCUCAUCACCACGAGAACCGCUCUGUUUCCGCUGGUCCAUCGAUAUCAGAACCAGCAUGCGAUUGAGCUUCAACCCUGGCCGCCUGAGCAUGGCCGUCAGUUCCUCAUGACCUCAAUUCAUCCUAAGCUGAAGAAGCACGACGUCCACGCACACGAAGAUUUUCCAUACGCAGAGCAAGUACUCAAGGUAGUGGGUGGUCUUCCGCUUGCCAUCAGUAUGAUUGUUGGGUAUGUCAAAGUUUCAAGAACGACUCUUGCCGACUUCUUGGAGAUGUGGGAAGAGAAGGAGCAACAAAACAGGAGAAAGAAGAGGAAUGUCGACAUUGGAGAAACGGACAUCGACUCCACCAUUGACUCCCUGUGGACCAUUGGAAUCAGAGAGGUCCGCAUGAAUUCUCGCCGUCUUCUGGACAUCAUGUCCUUCCUUGACCCCGAGCGUAUUCAGAAAGCACUCUUGGUUGGAGAUCACCAAGAAGACUAUCUUGAGUGGAUUCAUGUCUCGGAAGCCUUGAGUUUCAAACGCAUGAUUGCCGAGAUCUUAGGUCGACGUCUGAUCAGUGUCAAGGAGGGCUCCAGCGGACCCGUCUACUCAAUUCAUAGGCUCCUCCAGCAGAAGAUCCUCCUAGAUAUGGAAGACUACGGAUUUGUUGAUGCCUUCCGGAAGGUCUUUAGGCUGAUACGCAAGAAAUUCCCGGCGGCCGAUCCCCAACAAGUCCCAGGUGCACGGAACUGGGAUACGUGCAAAGAAUACAUCCCUCACGUCGUCACGUUGCAUAGGAUCUUCCUCCAGAGUAAAGACAGCCUCACUUCGCUGAGCGACCCGACGCCUGUGGAGAUAUCAAGCCUCUUCUACGACGCCGGUUUCUACCUGUGGGCUCGCCAGAGCACUUCCUAUGAUGGCCUUGCUUUCUUGGGCACAGCAGAAUCGAUCCUCCAAACGGCGGGCGUGAACUUUGUCCCAAAGAUGCAAGCCGACAUUCAUUGCAUGAUGGGAAUGCUCCUACUCAACAUGGGAGUCAUGGAGCGGCGAGAGGGGAUGCAUCGGCUGAAAGCUGCUCUAGACAUUCGGCAGAAGGUCUACGAUCAAGCUCCAACCAUGAACAGCGAUGUGUUGCUACAGAAUGCCGCCAACGACUACGCGCUCUGCCUUCUGAAUGAGCACAAGUUUGAGGAGGCCGGCGCGCUAUUCCUCCAGUGUCGCGAGCGAUAUCUAGUGUGGGGCCCAGAAGACAAGAAUCCAUUCGAGAACUCCAAGUACUACGGCAAUUAUGCUCUGGUGUACAUGUGGAGAAACCAGAUGGACCUGGCGAUCCAGUUCCAGAAGAGGUCGAUCGAGUUGAUUGAAAGGUUUUCUGGACGGACCAAUUCUUACUGGCGCAAAGUCUUCAUGCUGGCCUGCAUUCUGAUGCAGAAUGAUGACAGCCAAGGGGCUUUGAACCUCUUUAUGGAAGUGCUUACCGCGAGACUCGACAUGCUUGGGCAGCACCACGGCGAGACUAUCCUGGCUGUUUACGCCGUGGGUGCCACAUAUUCCCAUAUGGGAGACCCCUACACUGCCAUCAAUGCAUCGACUGGGUCAAACGGGCGAAGUGGGAUCACGCGGCGCUGGCAAGAGCGCAAUACCUCCUGGCUCAAGUCUACAGAUCUUUAGAGAUUCAUGAAGACGAGGCAAGAGAGCUGGAGGCGGAGGCGAUGGCUGUCCUCGAGGAAUACGGGACUUAUGCUGCCGAGUGUGUGCAGCACUCAGGCGACAGAAUGAUGAUGCUCAAUGACCUGCAGCCCACCUUCCUCGGCCGUUUCAUAGGAAUCAGGCUGCUGAAGCACUUGCAAAAGCACAUGGGUUCGGAACACAUGGGAAAUUCCUGACCAGUCCUUUUCUCGAAUGAAUUUGGUUUAGAGGCCGGAGUUUUCUGCAGGCCCCUUUCUUGUAGCGGAUAUAUUCAGCAACAAUGAAUGCCAUUGCAUCUCCUUGCACACACACCGUGGCAGAGAUGGCGAGAACUUGUUGCCUUU